AUGUUCGACGACAUCAAAUUGUGCCUGAUGGACCUGAUCAAGGUCAGCAGUCCGAAGUCGAAAAAAUCUCUCCAAGACAUGUCGGCCGGAUAUUCGGUUGACUUUAUGAAAAAAUACAAUGACAUCAAUAUCAUACACUUCAACGAAAACAUGUCGAUGGUUAACAAGCUGGAGAAUGUUCGUUUUUCACCCUCAAACUAUACGAACCUAUUCAAAACGAACCCGCUACUGGAGGGCAAACGGAGCAAAACGUUCCGCGAGUGGGGCGUCGAGAGUGCCAGUUUCGAUUUUUCCUCUGAUGAUCGCGAUACGAUGACGAUGACAAGCUAUUCGCACUACUCGAGCGACGAGGCCAAAUGCUGCCUUUUGCCACCGAAGGCGAUGGACCACCGAAAACCGCCCGCUAUAAUUAGCAACAGCAUCGACGAGGAGGAUGAUGAUGACGAUGGCAUCAUAAUGAACCACUACAGCCUAGAGGAGUGCCUGGCGGGUGGCUUGGUGUCGCAGCUGGAUUCAUUUUGUACACUUUGCACCUCUUCGUUCAGCUUUAGCAACUGCAAUAACUGCGAGAAAUCGGCCUGCGGUUCGAAAUGCAGCGCCGACAGCAGCAGCACCACGAUCGACGAAGCCGAGCUUUCCUGUGUGUGUUUGCAGAAGCACGGGUAA